AUGGAGACACAGAAACAGGGAGAUGUUGGAGUGCUGGAGAGAUUUUUGGAUCCAACCCCAGACGACCCCCUGGUGUCGGUUCUGCUGGUGAGCCUGGUGCCUCUGGUGGUGAUGGGGAUUGUGGUUGUGGGAAUGUUCCACUGGUACCGAGCCUAUCGGCAGCGCGGGAUCCGAGAAUGGGAGAGCAACAUUAAGAAGCGCAAGCCCAAAGCUGCGGGGCUGGACUGCGACGCCUGCGCCAUCAUGAUGGAUGACGACGGAUCGGACAGCAGCUCCACGCACGCCAACAGCCUCAACCACAACACAGAGCCGCUGCCUAUAGAGCUGGAACUGCUGGUGGGGAAGGGUCGCUUCGCCCAGGUGUACAAGGCCAAGCUGAAGCAGAGCACCUCAGAUCAGUUUGAAACAGUCGCUGUGAAGAUCUUCCCCUACGAGGAAUACGCCUCCUGGAAGAACGAGAAGGACAUUUUCUCCAACACAGACCUGCGACACGAAAAUGUCCUCCAUUUCCUGACAGCUGAGGAGAGGAAGGUGGAGAAACAGUACUGGAUCAUCACGGCCUUCCACCACAGAGGAAAUCUACAGGAGCACCUGACGCGUCAUGUGAUCAGCUGGGAGGAGCUGCAGGUGCUGGGCAUGUCUCUGUCCCAGGGGGUGGCCCACCUCCACAGUGACCGCCUGCUCUGUGGACGGCCUAAGGUGCCCAUAGUGCAUCGGGACCUGAAGAGCUCCAACAUCCUGGUGAAGAACGACCUGACGCUGUGCCUCAGUGACUUCGGGCUGGCUCUCCGUUUGGACAGCUGUCUGACUGUGGAUGACCUCGCCAACAGUGGACAGGUGGGCACGGCACGCUACAUGGCUCCGGAGGUGCUGGAGGCCCGACUGAAUCUGGAGAACAUGGAGUCCUUCAAACAGACGGACAUUUACUCCAUGGCCCUGGUGCUUUGGGAGAUGACUUCGAGGUGUGAAGCUAUCGGAGUCGCCUCGCCGGACGAUUCUUCUGCCGGGGGUCCUGCCAACCCUAUGUCCUGCUGUCGUUUUGGAGGGUCCACGCCAACAACUCUUUCCGCUGCGGGCGUCCCUUCCAACUCCAUGUCCUGCUCCGCGUUGGGGGUCCCGCCCGACUACUUCUUCCCGGGGUCCUGCCAACCCUAUGUCCCCUUCCGUUGGAUGGGUCCCGCUGAGAGUUCCUGCCAACUCUAUGUCCUGUCCCGUUGGAGGUCCCGCAACUUACUCUCCUGCGGGGGUCCUGCCAAUCCUACUGCCUGCUUACCUCUGGGGGUCCUGCCGACAACCUUUCUGGCCGGGGGACCUGCCAACCCCUUGUUCCUGGUUCCGUUGGAGUGGCCCGCCCAUCACCUGUCUCCGCCGGGGCGGUCCUGCAAUCUGGUCCUCUUCCGUGGGGGAUCCUGCCAACGCCUGGUCCCCGUGACCGCCGAAGCGAGCCUGUCCCCGCUCCGGUUCCUGUUCGUCCGCCGACACCGGGUUUCCUGCCCGGCCUCCGGAGCUGUCGUCUCUCGCCCGUCGAGAGCCGUCCCCCUGAGUGCCCGCGUCUUCGCCCCUCGACCCGCACCCCGAGUGACGCGUCUCUGGCCCUCGGGCACCCGGCCCCCUGACUCUUCCUGCCGGGCCGGUCCUCUCGCCCUCGGCCCUGGCCGCCUGACUCUUUCCUGCCGCUGCCUUCGCCCCUCAUGCUCGGCCCCCUGA